GCGAUCGCCGAGCAGUCGAGACGCGGAGCGGCACCCGUAUACAGUGUACCACCCACCGUGUGUCGCGAUCGUGCGUGUACAUCCGCGCUCUGGGACUUGAAAACUAAAAAAAAGAGGCGCUUUUGCGGUCGGGCAUCGGGGCUUGAAGUGUACUUAUCUCGAUAUCGCGUCCGGACCGGACGAAAAAAAAAAAAAAAAAAAAAAAAAAAAAAAAAAAAAAGGGGAAGCAACCGAUCGGGGCCAGACGGCGGCGGAAAAUCGGCUCUAGUGCCCCCCGUCAGAUAUCGUGCGAAUUUCUCGUCCUUCGGCCCCAACGGCGUACACAAGUACAACCGGGAAAAUCGAAAAAAAAGAAAAAAGAAAAAAAAAUUAAGAGAACAGAGGGCAAUACGAAAAGAGAAAAGCGCAGUCGAGUGCAUAUUAUAUACAUACAUACAUAGGUGAGAGUGCACCAGCUGCACACAGACACACACACACAGACACGUAUACCUGUAUACACACGCAACAUAAAUAAGCACCUUAUAGAGUGCCAGCCUGUAUCCCCGAGUAUUUGAUUUUCUCUCGGAUUUUCUCUUGGACGCCAAAGUGCUCGGACACACCUCGUACGUGUACUUAUAUGCACUUGCGCCUCCGCUGUUGUAAAAGCCCCCAACGAAAUCCAUAAACCGGUGUGACUCUCUCGAUAUACACACCGAUCUCUACUCUCUCUCUCUCUCUCUCAUCCCGAUAUACACAUAUAUCUGUACACAACGCCUGGCAGAAAGAGACGCGGACUUGGGUACCCGGACUUUCUAUCCCGAGAGCUAUUUUACACUCACCUAGUGUACGCGGAGGACGCAUUUUAUCCCACAUACAUAUAUAUAAAUAUAUAUACACUUGGGGCGCGAGUUUAUCUGUGUGUGUGUGUGUGUGCGUGUAUCCACAUAUCAUCGGGUGCUCUGGCGAGAGACAGGAGAGCCAAGGGUCGCAGUGUAUGUGCACCAUCGACAGGGACCAUCGGCCCCCACAUCGAGCUCUUGGCGUCAGAGAUCGGAGCUUCGAUCGAGUGACAGAGGAAUAAUCGCAAAAGAUGAGGAAUUCGACACUUUUGAAGUGGGCGCAAAAUUCGGCCAACAAUAAAAAUCAGCAAAACAAAAACGGAGGUACCGGGAGAAACUGGAUACACCCACCGGAUGCGCUUCAGAAAGGCCACAUCGCUUACCUAGUCAAGUAUCUCGGCAGCACCGAGGUGGACCAGCCGAAGGGCAUCGAAGUUGUCAAAGAUGCAAUCUGUAAGCUUAAGUUUAAUCAACAAAUCAAGAAGAGCGAGGGAACGAAAACGCCGAAGGUCGAGCUAACCAUCAGCAUCGACGGCGUUGCCAUUCAAGAACCAAAAACCAAGACCUCCCCAAAGCGAAUCAUGCACCAGUACCCGCUGCACCGGAUCUCCUACUGCGCGGACGACAAGGGCGAGAAGAAGUUCUUCAGUUUCAUAGCCAAAGAGGAGGACGCGGAGCGGCACACGUGCUUCGUCUUCGUGAGCGACAAGCUCGCCGAGGAGAUAACGCUCACGAUUGGCCAGGCCUUCGAUCUCGCCUACAGGCGCUUCCUCGAGACUUCGGGCAAGGAUCUCGAGGCCCAGCGGCGCGCCAUGGUCCUCCAGCAGAAGAUCAAGCGGCUCGAGCACGAGAACAACGUCUACCGGCAGCGCCUCCAGGACGUGGCUGGCAUCAAAGGCGCGGCCGACAUAAGCUCUUAUCUGGCUCAGCACGACAUCCCCGACAUUUUGCACGUCCCCGAUCAGUCGUUGGCACCUUCUUCGUCGACUGGAAAGGAAAGCAUCCCGCGAGUUAACGGCAGCGCAGGGAAACUCUUCAUCAAUUCCAGUGCUGACACCAACGGAAAUUCAUCCAAUGGCACCCAACUGCCGCCACCAGUUCCUCCGAGAAGUUUUGAGAAAUCUUUCGACGACAACUUCAUGGGGAGCGAGUCCUCGUCGCCCCGAAAUUCCACUAGCGGGACGAAAACCGAAGGACUUUUAAUCGAUGAGUUUGACGAGGAAGACUUCAAUCCGCGAGCUUUUGAGACUUGCUUCAACGGAAUCUCCAACCACUUGUCGAACAACAAUCUGUCAAAUGGCCAAAUCACCGCAGGGGCCAUUUUUACACAAACAAACGGAAUCAAUUCUCCUCCUCUGCUGGCCCCACCACCGAAGGCUAAAGACUCGAGGAGGCAAAACGGAAUGAAGGAAGACUUGUUUGGCAGCGUGCCUUUCAACCCGGCACCCAAUUCGACGAAAAACGACUUCAAAGAUCCAUUUGAGAUGGGCGAGUUUGGAGCCUCGACUGUGCGCUCGCCCACGCACCAGGAGCUCGAAAAUGCCAUUGGUCUCUUGGACAAACGAUUACUGGAAAUGAAGGAUGGCUUCAGCCGGGGCCUUUCCAUUGGAACGGAUGACUUUUCCCUGGAAAGCCUGGAUCCGUUGAAAAACUGAGUAGGAACAAUUGAAAAGCUAAUGGGUCGCGAGGAAGGCUAAAUGUAAUGUGAUACGUGACGAGUGAUAGAAAGACAAGGAGAUAACGAGAGGAUGAGAAGUAAAUCGUUCCAGACCAGUUGCAGUUGGGAUGGGUAAAGACGAGAGGGUAUUGAAUGUGUACACCAAUUGGAUAUGAUGAGUCGUGCACGUGAAACCAAAAUUAGUCAAUUUAUUAUUAUUAACGCUAAACAUAUAUGAAUAUUUAUGAUUGUGGGAGUCCGAUAUUUAUUAUGCAAAUGUCAA